AUGGAUGACGAGAGUGGAAAUUCAGAUAACUUGGAGCCCACAACAAACUCUGAGAAAAACAAUGACGAAUGGGGCCUACCAAUACUUCUAGGACUGCAUAUGGGUCUGUUUUCAUAUUUCAGAGAAAAUGUACAGUUUCCUGAAACGCCUUCUCAGGAUCUGGGAAGGGUAGAUAAAUUUAAUAGCUCUUCAUUAAUGGUUGUUUAUACGCCGAUCUCUGAUGUAACCCAGCAGAUAAUGAAUAAAACAGCAUUUGCUCUCUUUUUGAAAGGAAAAAAUGUCAUUGGGGUACCAAAUGAAAAACACAUGGAUAAAAUACUUGAAGAGAAUUUACCAUUUGCUGUGGGAAUUGUCUUUAAUGACACUUUCUCCUACAAGUUAAAAUUUCUUCAGGGAUACAACAUUCCACUUUUGAAUGAAGAAAGUUUUACAGCUCAUUGCUGGAAGGAAUAUGAUGAGUUUUCAUGUAUUUUGACCACAUACUGGACUAGAGGAUUCGUGACUUUACAAACAGCCAUUAAUGCUGCUAUUAUACAAAUCACAACAAAUCACUCUGUGAUGGAGAAGUUGAUGUCAGUUACUGCUACAAAUAUGAAGAUAUUACCUUUUAUUUCUAAUGACGUUCUCCAAAAUAAGAUGUUUAUUUUAUGCUGCUUGCUUUCUUUCUCCCCAUUUAUAUAUUUUAUAUCAGUCAAUGUUACAAAAGAGAGAAAAAAAUAUAAGGAUUUGAUGAACAUGAUGGGUCUACAAGAUUCAGCAUUCUGGCUCUCCUGGGGUUUAAUAUAUGCUGGCUUAAUAUUUUCACCACUUUCUCACUGAUAAAUAUUUGUGGUGUGAUAUAAAUAUGCUUAUUUUAUUGUGCCAUCAAUGAUUCUCAGUGAACUAAAUAUAUAUAAUAGCUAAAUGUCUUCUCUCUUUCAGAUAGCUUUAGCAUUCCUAAUGAGCGUGUUGUUAAAGAAAGCUGCCCUCACCAAUUUGGUUGUGUUUCUCCUUACCCUGUUUUGGGGGUGUGUGGGAUUCACUGCAUUUGAUAGACAACUUCCUUCAUCUCUGGAGUGGAUUUUGAGUAUUUGUAGCCCCUUUGCCUUUACUUCUGGAAUGGUGCAGGUUAUUCACCAGGAUUAUAACUUGAAUGGUGUAAUUUUUCCUGAUCCUUCAGGAGACUCAUAUUUAAUGAUAGCAACUUAUUUCAUGUUGGCUUUUGAUGGUUUUAUCUACUUGAUAUUGGCAUUAUACUUUGACAAAAUUUUACCAUACGGAAAUGAACGCCAUUAUUCUCCAUUAUUUUUUCUGAAUUCAUCACCUUGUUUCCAAGACCAAAGGACUAACAAAAAGGUUAUUGAGAAAGAUAUAGAUCCUGAAUGUUCCUCUGAUGAUUAUUUUGAACCAGUAGCUCCUGAAUUCCAAGGGAAAGAAGCCAUCAGAAUCAGAAAUGUUAAAAAAGAAUAUAAAGGAAAGUCUGGAAAAGUGGAAUCAUUAAAAGGCUUGCUCUUUGACAUAUAUGAAGGUCAAAUCACAGCAAUCCUGGGUCACAGUGGAGCUGGUAAAUCUUCACUGCUAAACAUUCUUAAUGGAUUGUCCGUUCCAACAGAAGGAUCAGUUACCAUCUAUAAUAAAAAUCUCUGUGAAAUGCAAGACUUGGAGGAGAUCAGAAAGAUGACUGGUGUUUGUCCUCAAUUCAAUGUUCAAUUUGACAUGCUCACUGUGAAGGAGAACCUCAGCCUGUUUGCCAAAAUAAGAGGAAUUCACCCACAGGAAGUGGAAGAAGAGGUACGACGAAUUUUACUGGAAUUGGACAUGGAAAACAUUCAAGAUAACCUUGCUAAACAUUUAAGUGAUGGACAGAAAAGAAAGCUGACCUUUGGGAUUGCCAUUUUAGGAGAUCCUCAAAUUUUGCUCUUAGAUGAACCAACUACUGGAAUGGAUCCCUUUUCACGCCAUCGCGUGUGGAGCCUCCUGAAGGAAAGUAAAGCAGACCGUGUGAUCCUCUUCAGCACCCAGUUCAUGAAUGAGGCUGACAUCCUGGCGGAUAGAAAAGUGUUCAUGUCCAAUGGGGAAUUGAAGUGUGCAGGCUCUUCCAUCUUUUUGAAGAGAAAAUGGGGUCUUGGAUAUCACUUAAGCUUGUAUAGGAAUGAAAUAUGUGAUCCAGAGCAAAUAAGAUCCUUCAUUAAUCAUCACAUCCCUGAUGCUAAAUUAAAAACAGGAAACAAAGAAAAGCUUGUGUAUACUUUGCCUUUGGAAAGGACAAAUAAAUUUCCAGACCUUUUCAGUGAUCUUGAUAAGUGUUCCAGUCAAGGGAUGAUGAGUUAUGACAUUUCCAUGUCAACUCUGAGUGAAGUCUUCAUGAACCUGGAAGGAAAAUCCACUGUAGGACAAGAUUUUGAACAAGCAGAGAUAAGAGACUUGGAAAGCCUGCAUGAAAUGGAGCCAGCUUGCUCUUCUCUCCCUGAAAUGCAGAAGGCUGUGAGUGGCAUGGGCCUCUGGAGAAUGCAGGUCUGUGCAAUAGCGUGGCUCCGUUUCUUAAAGUUAAUACGUGGAAGGAAAGUUCUUUUGACCUUACUGUUGGUAUUUGGAAUUGCAAUGUUCCCUUUGAUUGUGGAAAAGAUACUUUAUGCUGUGGCAAACAAAGAGAUGGAUUGGGAAUUUAAAACUGAAUUUUAUUUCCUUUCUCCUGGACAACUUCCCCAGGACCCCCGUACCAGCCUGUUGAUCAUCAAUAACACAGAAUCAAAUAUUGAAGAUUUUAUUCAGUCACUAAAGCAUCAAAAUAUACUUUUGGAAGUAGAUGACUUUGAAAACAGAAAUGGCACUGAUGGUGUCUCAUACAAUGGAGCUAUCGUAGUUUCUGGUAAACAAAAGGAUUAUAGAUUUUCUGUUGUGUGCAAUACCAAGAGACUGCACUGUUUUCCUAUCCUUAUGAAUAUUAUCAGCAAUGGGCUACUUCGAAUGUUUAAUCAUACACAAUCUAUUAGAAUUGAAAGAAGCCCAUUUUACUUUGACCAUGUAUUCCUCUGGACCGGGCUACCGGGAGGUUCCAUUUUCUUAUUUACAGUUGUAUGCAGCAUUUCUCCUUACAUUGCCAUGAGCAGUGUCAGCGAUUACAAAAAGAAAGCUAAGUCGCAGCUAUGGAUUUCAGGACUCUAUACUUCUGCUUACUGGUGUGGGCAGACACUGGUGGAUGUUAACCUCUUCACUUUAAUUCUCCUUUCAACGUAUUUAAUUUUAUACGUAGCAGACAUGGUGCACAUUCACAUUACAAGUCGAAUGGUGUUUGCCAUGGGGGUGAUUACAUUCGGUUAUGCAGCUUCUCUUGUCUUCUUGACAUAUAUGGUGUCAUUUAUUUUUCGCAAGAGGAGAAAAAAUAGUGGCCUUUGGUCAUUUUGCUUCUAUCUUACCACGGAGAUCAUGUUUGGCAUCAUUGGAAUCCAUCAAUUCAACCUCAAUGUCGUGGUUACCAUCAUGAUAUUAGUUCCUUCAUCUACUUUGAGUGGAUUUAUAGUCUUUUUGGAAAAAAGAGCUCAGGAGCAGUCCGCAGAAUUUCCAGACCAAAAUUAUGAGCUGAGUGAAGUUGAUCUUCUAGUAUGCCUGAUACCUUACUUUCAGGCUUUGCUAUUCGUUUUUGUUCUAAGAUGCAUGGAACUAAAAUGUGGAAAGAGAAUAAUGCGAAAGGAUCCUGUUUUCAGAAUUUCCCCCCAGAGUAGAGAUGUUCGACCAAAUCCAGAAGAACCUAUAGAUGAAGAUGAAGAUGUUCAAGCAGAAAGAGUUAGAACAGCAACUGCCCUGACCACUUCAAACUUAGAUGAGAAACCAGUCAUAAUUGCCAGCUGUCUGCACAAAGAAUAUGCAGGCCAGAAGAAAAGUUGCCUUUCAAAGAGAAAGAAGAAAAUAGCAGCAAGGAAUAUCUCCUUCUGUGUUAAAAAAGGUGAAAUUUUGGGAUUGUUAGGACCCAAUGGUGCUGGUAAAAGUUCGUCUAUGAGAAUGAUAUCUGGGAUCACAAAGCCAACAGCUGGAGAGGUGGAACUUAAAGGAUGUGGUUCAGUUUUGGGUCACCAGGGAGAUGACACAGUCAAGUUCCUGGGAUACUGUCCUCAGGAGAAUGUGCUGUGGCCUGUCCUGACGAUGAAAGAACACCUGGAAGUGUAUGCCGCUGUGAAAGGACUAAGGAAAGGGGACGCCAAGGUUGCCAUUACACGAUUAAUGGAUGCUUUCAAACUGCAUGAACAGCUGAAUAUUCCAGUGCAGAAGUUAACAGCAGGAACCACUAGAAAGUUGUGUUUUGCGCUGAGCAUCCUGGGAAAUGCACCUGUCCUGCUUCUGGAUGAACCAACUACAGGCAUGGACCCUGCAGAGCAGCAGCAAAUGUGGCAGGCAAUUCAGGCAGCUGCUAAAAAAACAGAGAGGGGCAUCCUCCUGAUCACCCAUUGCCUGUCUGAAGCUGAGGCCAUCUGUGACCGUGUGGCCAUCAUGGUGUCCGGAAGGUUGAGAUGCAUUGGCCCCAUCCAACACCUGAAAAACAAACUUGGCAAGGAUUACAUUCUAGAACUAAAAGUGAAGGAAGCUUCUCGAGUGCCUUUGGUCCACACGGAGAUUCUGAAGCUUUUCCCACAGGCUGCACAGCAGGAAAGGUUUUCUUCCUUGUUGGCCUAUAAGCUUCCCGUGGAAGAUGUUUACCCUCUAUCUCAGGCCUUUCACAAAUUAGAGGCAGUGAAACAUGACUUUAACCUGGAAGAGUACAGCCUUUCUCAGUGUACCUUGGAAAAGGUAUUCCUAGAGCUUUUUAAGGAGCAGGAGCCGGAAAAUUUUGAUGAGGAAGUUGAUACAACCAUGAGAUGGAAACUGCUUUCUCAGUCAGAUGAACCUUAAAACCUCAAGGCUAAUAAUUCUUUCUUGAUGUUCUAUAAACCUACAUUUUAUGUAAUAAUUAGCAAUAUGUAUAAUUUUAAUAAUCAUUUAAUGUCAAUAUUGAGUAUAUUUUGUAUGUUUAGUCAAUAAAUGAGAAAAAUUUUUAAUUAUUCUUCCUCUCAGACGUAGGGGUGAUGGAAAGUUUGUGAUAAAGGCAAUACCAAAUAUUAGUAAAAUCAUCUCAAGAGCCAGGCACUGGUGUUGUAAAAAUAAAACUACAAACUUGGAAUUUUUUGAAA